AUGCAGAACCAGGUAGCGAGUGUGAUUCCGGGGGAGGAGAUGUGGCGGCAGACCAACAUGAACGCAAUGGACAGAAUCCUGGAGGCUAACCGGAUGAUGAGGAGUCUCUCAGGCUUGACCCUGAAGGAGGGAGAUAUCGCACGCUCGAGCGUCCGCAGCGCCAUAACCUGCACCGGGAACAGCUGCCUCUGGCCGAAGUCUGUGGACGGCUACGUAUAUGUGCCCUACAUCAUCUCUUCACAGUACGAUAACAUGGACAGAAUGACCAUAGAGACCGGCAUGCAGGACAUCUCCAGCGGAACCUGUGUGAAGUUUGUGCCCCGCAGCCACGAGGCCAACUUCCUGGACAUCCAGCCCAAAUUAGGCUGCUGGUCCUUUCUGGGGGUGACCGGGGGAGCCCAGAUCCUCUCCCUGGAGACCCCGGGGUGCAUGUGGGCCGGAGUGGCCUCCCACGAGCUCAUGCACGCCCUGGGUUUUGUGCACGAGCAGUCCCGCUCCGACAGGGACCGCUACGUCACCAUUCUGUGGGACAACAUCCUGCAAGAUCAGGUGCACAACUUUAAGAAGUACAAGACGAACAACCUGAACACGGCCUAUGACUACAACUCCAUCAUGCACUACGGGAGGUACGCCUUCUCCGAGGAUGGCGACCCGACCAUCAUCCCCAAACCAGAUCCGUUUAUUCCCAUCGGCCAGCGUGAAGGACCCAGCCCCACGGACAUCCAGAAGAUAAACGUCCUCUACAACUGCAGUAAGUUUAACACGUCCAUAUUUCAGUGUCCUCUGCGCUCGUGUCUCACAAACAGCGCUGAUGAAGUGAUCACACGGUUUGUUUUCCCCCUUUCCCCCCCAUCAGAUGGCUUGGUAUGAAGGUGGAUG